AUGGAUGCCUCUCCUAGUGACCCCAGUAUGAAAAUGGAGGACCCCAAGGAACAAGUCUCGCAACCCGGGUGGGAUAUUGAGCAGCGAGAACCCGAGAAGAAACGCUCAGGUAUCCUUAAUGUGGUGAUCUCAGGACUAGCUUUAUUCAGUGAUGGAUAUAACGCUCAAAUUAUUGGCUAUAUGGAACCUUUAUUUUCGGUGCUUUACAUGGACGGAAUGUCUUCUACAAUCAAGUCACGCCUGUCAAAUUCUUAUCUCAUUGGCGAGAUCUUUGGUAUGCUUUUCUUCGGUAUUUUGAUUGAUCGUAUCGGUCGUCGGACUGGUGUCAUUGCUGCCACAGCAUUCCUCAUCCUUGGAGUGGCUUUGGCAACCGCCUCUCAUGGAAAAUCACAACUAGGGAUGUUCUGGAUGAUGAUUAUCGCAAGAGGCAUUGCUGGAUUUGGUGCCGGAGGAGAAUAUCCAGUCUGCGCGACUAGUGCCACCGAGGCUGCCGACGAGACAGUCGAGCUCCGAAAGCGCCGUGGAUUUCUAGUUGCCGUGACCACCGACUUUGCAGUGGACCUGGGAUUUGUUGCUGCUGGUUUGGUUGCUCUCAUUGUACUUGCUUGUUAUCACCAACAUAAUUCUGAAGGGGUCUGGCGGGUUACAUUUGGGUUGGGUAUUUUGCCCCUUUCUAUCUGCUUCUUCCGCGUUCAGAUGAUAAACUCUACUCAAUACCAAAAACAUGCUAUCAAGUCGAAGUAUCCAUACUGGUUAGUGUUUCGCCGCUACUGGAAACCUAUGAUUGGGACUUCCCUGGCAUGGUUUUGCUAUGACUUUGUAACAUAUCCAUUUGGCCUAUUCUCGUCAACCAUAAUCGAGCAGCUGAACCCCAACAAUACCACUGUUCAGAAUAUUGGAUACGGAGUAAUUCGAGCAUUAGAGCUGACAGAGGACUUUAAAGACCGUUAUCAACUGCUUCUAUCUUCCAGGAUGCUUACUUGGUGGUAUUCUGAUGGACCGCAUCGGUCGCAAACAGACAAUGACCCUAGGAUUUAUGCUUUGGGCUCUCUGGGGCUUUAUUUUUGGGGGUCUAUACAAAGUGUCUUUCCACUCUUUAUCGUCAUGUAUGGGAUUUUCCAAGCGCUUGGAGAGAUGGGUCCGGGAGUGUCAACUUUCCUCUGUGCUUCAGAGUCGUUUCCAACACCUUUGCGUGGCCACUUUCUUGGGUUUGCAGCCGCUGUUGGGAAAGCUGGCGCAUCGAUUGGGACAGAGGUCUUCACUCCAAUCCAGAACUCUUUCGACUCUACUGCUAAGGGACAGCAGGCAGUCUUCCUGAUUGGUGCGGCAUUCACAGUUGUAGGCGGGUUGGUUGCAUGGUUUCUGAUUCCCGAUAUGUCUAGGGAACUCGAGACAGAAGAUGCCAGAUUCAAAGCAUAUUUGGAGGAGAAUGGUUACAACGUGAGUUUGUAUGGGGAGGCUUUGGUGAUCAACCCGCGCCCUUCAAAUUGA